CGGCCACUGAGGCACGUCUAUAUAUAAAAGCACUUUGGCCACCGACGCCCACGUCCCAGGACCCGUACCACGUUCAUCACCCGCCAACGACGCAGGAUAAAAUGUCUGAGCACCCCAAGUACGACACCAAGGGCAUGCCCUUCAGGCUGCUGGGGAGCAGCGGCCUACGCGUGCCCGUCUUCUCCCUCGGAGGAUGGCUGACUCUUGGAGGAUCUGUCAAGGGCGAUCCUGUCAGGGAGAUCAUCAAGACGGCAUGGGACAACGGCGUCAACAUGAUCGACUGCGCCGAGGCGUACGCCGCAGGACAGAACGAGAUCGAAGUCGGCCGUGUGCUCAAGGAGCUCAACUUCCGCCGCACUGACCUCAUUAUUACGACCAAGCUGUUCUGGGGCACUCGCAGGGGCCCCAACGACAUGGGUCUUUCCCGGAAGCACAUCGUCGAAGGCACCAAGGAGUCCCUGCAGCGCCUCGGCCUUGAGUACGUCGACAUCAUUUUUGCCCACCGAUGCGACCACACAGUCCCUAUGGAAGAGAUCGUUCGCGCCUUCAACUUCGUCAUUGAGAAGGGCUGGGCUCUUUACUGGGCGACGUCCGAGUGGUCGGCGCAGGAGAUCGAGGAGGCACACCACGUCGCAACAAAGCUCCACCUGAUCGCCCCCAUCGCCGAGCAAUGCGAGCACUCUCUUCUUCACCGCGAACGUCCCGAACGCGAGUAUGCCCCGCUCUACCGGAAGUACAACCUCGGCACGACCGUCUUCUCCGCCCUCGCGGGGGGCAUUCUCACCGGCAAGUACAACGACGGCAUCCCGGAGGGCUCCCGCCUCCACGUCGAGCAGGACCCCCAGUUCAAGCGCAAGGUCGAGUUCCUUAAGUCGGACGAGGGCCAGAAACAGAUCAAGAUCGUCCGCGACCUCACCGAGCUCGCCGAAAAAGAGCUCGGCUGCACGGUGACGCAGCUCGCGCUCGCGUGGGUCGCGCGCAACCCGAACACGUCGACCGUCAUCCUCGGGGCGACGAAGCCCGAGCAGCUGCUCGAGAACCUCAAGGCGCUCGAGGUCAUACCGAAGCUCACCCCGGAGAUCCUGGACAAGAUCGAGGAGAUCGCGGGGAACAAGCCCCAGCCCUGGUCGACGUACGGACGGCCUCCGUUGGACCUGUUCUCGAAGCGGAGUGUGCUGUAGGCGGCUUGGGAGGUGGUAGAAGCAGAGAAAGUAGCAAAUCAGGUCCUGUACCAUAUGCACGUGUAUCGAUUGUCGAUUCGUGCUCCACUUCGUGGCCGUGCUAUCCCCCACAAGAUCCAGGAGGUCGUAUGAGCGACGCCAGAGUGUCACAAUCAUACGGGAUCGUGCUUCAAGCUCACACAUCUAUGUCCGCUCGUCUCCUUCUCGACGUGCUCGCGAUGCAACGGUUGCCACGACGCCGCCGCAAUCUGGCUGCCGCUACUGAUCAUAUGGCUAUAUGCGCUCGAUGACGACGUCGUC